UUAGUUUAACAAAGUAACACUUUACCCACGAAACGUAAAAAUAAUAAUAAUCAGUAUUAACUACAGGCUACAGUGCAAUGAAAAGUUGCUUCAAUUGCAUCACUUUAAUAUUAUAAAUGCGACGAAAUUUCGCAUAUUUUGCUCCUCAUUUAAUUUUAUAACAUUAUUUAAUUUAUAAGUGUACACCAAAUGAAUACGCCGAUAAUACGUCAGAUGUUCGUGGUGAGUUCAAUGCUUCUGGCAGGUAUAUCAACUGGCGGAAUCAUGGGGGUGCCCAGCGUCAUGCUGCAACAAUUGAAAAAGAAUGACAGUCUGAUCGAAAUAGACUUGGAUACUGAAUCAUGGAUCGCUUCAGUUCACGGUUUUGCGGGGAUCCCGAGCAUUCUCAUCCCAUACCUAAUGCAGUUCUGGGGAAGGCGUUUUGGAUUUCGCUUUAGCUGUCUCGCUGUUUUGAUCGGCUGGAUCACCCUGUGCUUCGCCAAUAGCUCCCUCGUCAUCAUCAUCGCAGAAAUCUUCCAAGGUGCAGGAGUUAAGAGUCUACUCCUAGUGGGUAUGGUGAUAAUCAGUGAAAUGGUUGAGCCCAAAAUCAGGAACCAAUCAAUUGCGUUGUACGGUGUCAUUCAAACAUUCGUAGUGCUGAUCAUUCACACGGCAGGGAACUACGUUCACUGGAAAACAAUAAGUCUAACCAUGUGUUUUCCGCUCUCGUUAGCGAUAAUUUUCACUUUUAUUUAUCCCGAAUCGCCGGCCUGGUUGGCCUACAAAGGUAGAUUUGAGGAGAGCAAAAAAUCCUUCGUAUGGCUACGGGGCAAAAAUAAAGAGUCGCUUGUGGAGAUGAAUGCUCUUUUUACAGCUCAAAGAGACUUUUUGCGAAUGGAAAUGUCCACGAAAUAUUCCAACCGCAGUAAGCCGCUAAUGAGGAUGUUGUGGCGAAAAAUAAGCGCACGAGACUUUUACUUGCCGAUUUUCCAUAUGUUCGUGUUACAAUCGUGUUAUUAUUGGAGCGGGAAUUUAUUGAUAGUUGUAUACGCCAUCAAUUUAGUUGGUAAAGUUAUAGAUGAUAGUGACUCUGCUUUUGUUGCCAUGAUUUUAAUCGAUAUAGCUUUUAUAAUUGGUAACGUAAGUUGUCCUAUUUUACUCAGAUAUUUUGGAAACAAGACUAUCAUGUUACCGGGCGGAGCGCUUUCUAUUCUGUUUUUGUUAUGUACCUCUGCCGUUUUGUAUUUACAAGAAAUAGGUACUAUAGCAAGUGACUCAACGCUUUGCUUGUAUUUCUUAGUAGGUUUCAUGGUAUGCUCUUCCACUGCUGUCUAUAUGAUUCCUUUCGGCGUAACAACAGAAAUUGUGCCUUUGCGACACCGUGAUGUAGCUGGAUCGUUUUUCAUAAUUAUUAUGAGUGUGUCUUAUACCACUUCACUUAAAGUUGCUCCGUAUUUAAUCAUACAUUUAGGGAUUUACGGGAUAUUCUUACUCUAUGCCGCUAUUUUGACUUGCUGCCUGCUGUGGGUUUGGAAAUACGUUCCUGAAACAAGAAACAAAACACUGCAAAGUAUAGAGGAACACUUCAUAAAAAGCAAUAUAGAUUCACGUAUUGUUGACGAAGAAAUAAACGAAAAUGUUCAUUUGAAUAAUAUCAAAUAAAAACUCUGUAUCAAACUCGGCCAACCCACGUUAGAGCUGCAUGGUGAGUGUAAGCUCUAUAUUCCCUCCUACAAAGAGUGGGGACUUUGCCCUGUAGUGGGCCGUUAAAAUAGACUGAUGAUGAGGAUGAUGAGAAAUUCAUUGUUUAAGCAUUAUAUUGAAAUUAUGUCAUUCACUCAGAGGCACAAUUAUCCGCCCACUUUUAUAUGCGCGAGUAUACUAAAAUGGGCGGAUAAUUGUGCCUCUGAGUAUAUAGUUAGUAAGAUAAAUUAUUACUAAGUAAGUUAAAUUAUGAUAGUAUAUAGACAUAAGUAAACGUUCUAAAAUGUAUAUAAAAUAAUAUUAAUAAAGUUAAAAGUAAAUUAAAUCAGAAAA